CAUUAUAUUGUCUGAAAAAGCGCUCAUUUACUAUUUUGUUUCUUCGCUAGCUGUCUGAAGGAUUGUUUUGAUAUUGUUUGUAAAAACGUAUUUGAAAAUAAUUGCAGAAGUGUGAAAUUUUCCAAUUUUGCAAUACUAAAAGCCUGAAUUGAUACCCAAUUCAAAAUGAGCGAAAUGGAUUUAAUUAAAGAGCAGUCGAUUUUGUUGGACGAAUCGAACAAUACGAACAAAUUUACGGAUGUAGCUGACGCUCUAGGACACGGGAACGGAUUAGACCACUAUGGAAAUCGCAUCAAGGCUCGUAUGCCUGUGGAUAGAUAUGCUUCAGACUAUAACAUGAAUCAUCCGAAACGAGGGUUAGCAUUGGUUUUCAAUCAUGAACAUUUUGAGAUUCCGCAGUUGAAAUCAAGAACGGGAACCAAUGUUGAUUGUGAGAAUUUAGUAGCUACGUUGAAAUAUUUGGACUUUGAUGUGAAGGUAUACAAGGAUCUGAAAUUAAGAGACAUGCAGAAAGAAGUUGAAAAAGUCGCUCUUUUGGAUCAUUCGGAUAAUGAUUGUAUCUGUAUAACUAUCCUAUCACACGGAGAACUUGGUUACCUCUACGCUAAGGAUUGUCAGUACAAAUUAGACAUCAUUUGGUCAUAUUUUACGGCUAAUCGCUGUCCUACACUAGCCGGUAAACCAAAAAUUUUCUUUAUUCAGGCUUGUCAAGGGGACCAAUUGGAUGCGGGUGUUUCUUUGGCUGAACGCACAGAAACUGACAGUGCGGGUUCAAUGAGCUAUAAAAUUCCAGCUCAUGCCGAUUUUCUGAUUGCUUAUUCCACGAUUCCGGGUUUUUAUUCAUGGCGUAACACUCAAAAGGGUUCCUGGUUUAUGCAGUCGCUUUGUCAUGAAAUAAAUCAGCACGGCAAAAAGUAUGAUAUUUUGACACUUCUCACCUUUGUGGCUCAACGAGUUGCAUACGACUUUGAAUCUAACACACCAGAUGUUCCAAUGAUGCAUCAACAGAAGCAAAUUCCAUGCGUGACUACGAUGCUUACGAGAUUAUUGCGAUUCACAGAUAAGUAAUGAUAUUGAAGUGUAAUAUUUCGGGUUGUAUUAGCAUUUCGGGUUUUAUAUAACGACGUAUCGUUUCUGAAAUCAAAACUUGAAUAAUUGUACUUAUAGGGUUAACAAAUAAGGUAGUACCAUUUUAGUUUUUUAUGGUAUUAUAUAUCUUAAUUACAUCGCAUGUCACAUGCGCAUAAUAAUUUCGUGUGUCUGUGCGCUCUACUUUUAGUCUGUAUGAUCAUCUAUGUUGUGUAUCCUAAUCCGAAUCGUGUAACUGAAGAAUAUUCUUAUUUUCUGUGUUCUCAAUUUUGUACACUUAUUUUUACUUUUAUAUAUUUUUCAAGUAUUGAUUUCGGAAAUGGAAGCUAAUUUCCCUUUUAUGGUCUAUAAUCUAAAUGGGAAAUUACGAAGUGUAAUAUGUGUAACAUACAAAACUGCCAUCGCUAUCAGGAAUAAAUAUUUUGAAACACGUCCUUGAAUUAUGUUAACGAAUGUCAUUUUUUAAGUAGUGUCAUCUCAAAAUAAAUAAAUUUGCGUUAACUAAGACGAACAUUUUUCCACGAAUAAUUUCUAAAAUUUGGCUCAGACCAGGUUGCUUGAGAUUUUUACACUUUUGUAAUCACUUCUGUUUCGUAUUAUUACCUGGAAUAGUAGCUUUU